GCCCCGCGGUGCGCCUGGGAGCGGCGGGCACGGCCGGCGGGAGUCAGCAGAGUGAAGAGUGAAGAGUUGGCAAAGCACUGAAGGAGACUGAAGAAAGAAAGGGGCAUGGAGAGUCAGGAACUGCCUUAUGUGCUAGUUGACUGUAUAGGAGGGAGGCUUGGAGUAUAUGAAGACCAUCUUGGAUUUCUGAAGAAACAUUUUCAUCUCAUCACCAUGAAAGAAUAUCUUGAAAACAAGACACUUCUCAGCAAAAAGAUCAGAGCUAUCUAUGUGUGGUAUCACAAACCAGCUAUUAAUGAAGAACUGCUCCAAAGCUUGCCUAACUUGAAGGUAGUUGCAAGUUCUGGAGUGGGAAUAGAUCACUUGGAUCUGAAACUCAUCUCCAGCUAUGGCGUGAAGGUGUCCAAUACUCCAUUUAUUGUUUCCACUGACACUGCAGACAUGGGGAUGGCUUUGAUGCUGGCAUCUUCCAGGAGACUAGUGGAAGGCCAUGAGAUGGCAGUCUCCCCUGACACAGAGUAUUUCCCCGCGGACUGGCUGGGGGUUGAGGUUUCUGGAGCAACCCUGGGAAUCCUGGGAAUGGGCAAAAUUGGUUACAAAGUGGCUGAAAGAGCCAAAGCCUUUGAAAUGAAGAUUUUGUACCACAACAGAAAUCAGAGAAAAAAGGAAGAAGAAAGUGCUGUUGGAGCUGUUUACUGUAAGAAGAUGGAUGAUUUGCUCCAGCAGUCAGAUUUUGUAUUAUUGGCUGUGACCCUAACUCCACAGACACACAAACUGAUUGGGAAGAGGGAGCUGGAGCUGAUGAAACCCACUGCUACUCUUAUUAAUAUCAGCAGAGGUCUGAUAGUGGAUCAGGAUGCUUUGGUGGAAGCCCUUCAAAACAAAGUUAUUAAGGCAGCUGCUCUGGAUGUGACAUAUCCUGAACCUUUGCCAAGGGAUCACCCCUUGUUAAAGCUGAAGAAUGUUAUAAUAACUCCUCACAUUGGAAGUGCCACCAAGAAGACGCGCUGGGUUAUGAUGGAGGAAAUGGUAGAGAGCAUAGAGGCAGGCCUCGCGGGUCUUCCUAUCCCUCAUGAGGUUCUGCCCUGAAGCAGCUUGCAUUUAGGAUUAAUGCCAUCAGUGCAGAAGCAGCAAUUUGAUCACUUUUCAUGUAAUUACUUCGUGUAAUUUCGUGUUAUGCAGAUAAAAUAUAUAAAUCACGGGUUCAAUUUAUUUAAUAUUCAGCAGCAGUUCUGUGUGGAAAACUGCAGUGUUUUGUCUUGAUCUUCAAUGGAAAACUCCAG